AUGUGGGAGUUCAAUAAAGACGUGUAUAUAUUAUUUGUGGACUUCAAGAAAGCCUACGACUCUAUCCACAGAGCAAGCUUAAUCAAUAUUCUUAGGGAAUUUAAGUUUCCAAAAGAGCUAGUUAAUCUUGUAGAGGCAAGUUUAAAUGGAACAAAGAUUAAAGUAAAGCUAGCAAAUACGUUGUCACAACCAGUGGAAGUGGUGACAGGCUUAAGACAAGGAGAUGCGCUUUCUCCUGUACUAUUUAACUUAGUGUUGGAGAAGAUAGUAAGAGAAAUCAAUUUAUGUGAAGGGGUUGAGUUAGGUCGAUCGACAAUUAAUAUUCUGGCAUAUGCGGAUGAUAUCUCUCUAAUGGGAAGGAGUAGAGAGAUGAUAAUAAAAAUGGGGAAAUCAUUUAUAAAGGCUGCGGAGAAAGUAGGACUAAGGGUUAAUGAAGAAAAAACAAAGUACAUGGUGGUCAGUCGGAGAAAUGGAAAUCAGGUACAAGAAGAAUUCAUUGAAGUGGAAGAAUACAAAUUUAAAAGAGUGGACCAAUUCAAAUACUUAGGGUCAAUUAUAACUCAAGAUAACGACAUUAAAACAGAAAUUUUAAUGAGAUUACAAUCAGCUAAUAAAUGUUUCUUCGGACUUAGUAAAAUUUUUAGAUCAAGAGCAAUCUCUAAGAAUUUAAAAGUUAGAAUGUACUUAACUUUGCUAAGACCAAUUAUCCUUACGGAGCAGAAACAUGGCCUCUGAGAAAGACUGAAGAACGAAGAAUUGCAGUAUUUGAGAGAAAAGUACUCAGGAAAAUUUAUGGGGCAUACUUUGAUGUUCUCACAAAUGAAUGGAGGAAAUUACACAAUGAAGAACUGCAAUCCCUUUUUCAACGACCGGAUAUACUGAAAGAGAUAAAGAAAAGAAGGCUAGUUUGGGCUAGACAUGCCUGGAGGAAACAUGACUCAUUAAUAAGAAGAGUAAUAGAGGAAAAUCCAGUAGGGAGGAGACCUCUUGGAAGACCGCGUUUAAGAUGGGAGGAUUGCGUAAGGAGAGACACUGAAACAGUGGAGCCGGAGUAUCAUUGGCAGGAAGUAGCAGAGGAUAGAGAUAUUUGGCAGUAUGUUUAUCUAGAGGUAUGGUCUUGA